GGAGAAACGCAAGACCGACAUUCGCGAGAAAACCCUCAUGUGAUACACGACAAGCGUAAACGAAAAUUUAUCGAAUGAAUUCUGCCGUUUUCGGAUCAAAUAACUGAAAAUGGCCAACGAAAUAAACGACCUGAAAAGGAUUUUAUUACUUGUACUGAUCGCUAUUCCAGCGAUAGCGACCGUGAAUAUUAACUGCAAUGGCAAGGCCUUCCACUGUGUCAAUUCCACACAUUUCAUGAUAUGUGUUGAUUUGGGUGGCGGGCUAUCGACCACGAUUGAUGACUUCGUUAUUCCGUGUCCAGAGACAACAGUAUGUCAGGCCCAUAACAUUUUCGAAUGUGAGUUUCCCAAAAUAGAAGAAACUCUACCACCCCUCCAUGUUCUUGGUGUUGAAAAACAAAGUGAUAUUAGUGAAACGACAUUGGUGACUAACAGUGACGACGUAACUAAACCCGCGGCAACAAGUGAUAUUGUAAGUGUAUUUAACGAUACGGUACCAAAUACUACAGCAAGGCCAGAAGAAAAACUUGUGUUAAAUGCAAAUGUUCUAAGAAGCAAUAACAAAAACACAGGAGUCAAUAAAGAUAACACUACAAUACUUAAUUCUCACGUAACUUCAAAUAUAAUUGAUAGUGCAAAAGAAAUGAACGAUAAAAAAUCAAACAAUAGCAAUGUAAUGACAAUUUCCGCAACUGAUAAAAAUAAGAAUCAUGAAAUUGAUGUGAAAAAUGCAACAAAUACUUCCGCGAGCGAUAACUCGAAAUCCACUGAUAUCAAUACUUCUGCCGUAGAAUGUAUUAAUUCAAAGCCUAUCAUUGAUCUUCAUAGUGUAAAGAUAGAAGCGCCUACAGACGUAUCUACUUCUUCAAAUACUUUUAAUUAUACUAACAGCAAGGCCAAUAAAGUAAAUGAGCCAUUGCAAAUUGUACCUACUCACACUUCCAUUUUUACAAGUGAAGUGAAUUCAUUAUCAGCAAAUCCAUCGCGUGACAUUGUCGCUAAUAUGGAGGAUAAUAUCGGCGUUGUUGUUACCGAAGUUAGGCCCGCUUUUGUAGAUGACAUACUUAAUAAAAAAUCUGUAACUGCAUACCGUACCACAAAUAAUGUAACCAACACGGUCCAUGUGACGCCAAUUGAAUCUGACUAUUCGUCUUCGGAAUUUAAAAAUGUGGAUUCCAAAAUCCAAGCAACAACUGAAAAUACUUUUGCUUAUAUAAAGAAAGUUUAUUCAAACAUUACUGAAUCCGGAUAUGUAGCGAGUACUUUUCAAAAUAAACUAAACAAAAAUAUCACAUUGAUCGACAUGCCUAAUACUGUUCCAAAUAAACCCUUAAUACAGGAAGUUAAAAUCGUGAACUUGACUCUUAAUAAAUAUGAUUUUGUUCAGGACUCUGUAAUAUUACCACCGCGAAAUAUCAACAAUAGUACAAAUUCAAUUGAUAAUCAUUCUAUUUUUUUAAGAGUUAGAGAUCUACCGAAGAAUAUAACAACUUCGCCUACCGUUAAAUCUAAUUCUUUUAGUAGUUUCAUAGAUAAUAGUGACCCAUUAUUUUCUACUAAGCCAGAAACCAAACAAGUCGAAUCAUCUAGCAAUAAAAAUAAAUUAAUUGUUGAAGAAACUUACAAAGAUGAAAGAUAUAAUACUAGUAAUCAAAUUCCAGAAACUAUAACAGAGCAUUUGAUCCCUGUUAGCCUAGAUUUAAUUACGGAACCUGUAGCAGUAGGUGCAAACACUCAGACUAAUAAUACGGCAAUACCCUUAAUAGAUCAACUGAAUACUACUCUUAUUCCCAAUACUACGGUUACUACUCUGCCUAUUGAUUUUACAGCUAAAAUUGAUCAAAAUCUAAAUCAAAAUAACGAUAAGUUUGGUGUAAUAGAACAACCCGUCACACCAAAAGCGGUAUUCAGUGAUGUUAUAACGAUUUCGGCAGUUGAUACAUCUAGUAACACAAGUAAUAAAAUUAUUAGUGAAAAUUAUAUGGAUGAUGUUGAUCAAACAAAUAACAUUUUGGAAUCUGCAACGGCAGAUCAGAGUGCCAAGAGUACGACCGAAAAUACCUUUGUUCUUUUGGCAGAAGAAUUGGAUCAUACUAUUAUUCAAAAUGUUGCAAACGUUACACCUCGCAUUGAUGUAUUGACUGACGAAGAUACAAUUAAUUUACAUAUACAAGGAUACUCAAAUAUAGAAACAGAGGCUGUCACUAGUGAAAGACAUAUUCUCACAAAUAAGUCAGUUAGUAUUGUUCCUGUUGCAAUAAACAGUACACAAGUUAAACAAAAUUUUACGGUUCCUAAUAAUUCAACAAAGAAGGAAAAUUCUUUUGAUAAUAAUCUUACUUUAAAAUCUGCAUCGGUAAAUUUAAAUAAUUUACCAAAUAUAGGCAGUGGCAUUCUUACGGAUAAAAUUGAAGUUAAUCCUAAUAUUGUUCAAGACGCACUUAUCACAAAACCAUCUUUGAUUGAAACCAAUGCGCCUAAAAAUAAUUUUCAAGUUCCUACUAAGACAUUUGUUACACAGGAAGCAAUACAAGAAACGGUUAACAACGAUACAGAGAUACCAAUUGUGCCAGUAGAAAUUUCGACUAAUGGAGAAGUCGACACGUUUAAAGAAGUAAACAAUAACACCGAAAAGAAAUCUACAGGUAAAAGUGAUACCGUAAAUAUUUUUGGAUUAGGAACUAUUGUAGAGUAUUCAGAUCCUGUGAAAAUAGAUAUGAUUUCCAAGUCUAUCACUGUUCAGCCGGACUUAUUAACAACAACAGAAGAGAACUCACCUUCGGGAAUAAUCACAGCUACUUCGCUUCAAGAUCCUUUAAUUUUAAUUUCUCCUACUAAUGUUUCAACUGACGAGGUAGGCAAUAUAUUCACUCCAAUGGCUAAACCUGCGACCACUUAUAAUAAGAACGUAGAUAGUGUGUCAAAUAUAAUGACUAUUGAAGGCGUUUCUUAUACAGAUUCUAGCCAGGGUCAUAUCGCUAACCCGGGACCAUCGUUAAAUGAGAAAGUGAAUAGUCUUCCGGAAAAAUCAACAUUAACCAAUAAUAUUGCAACUAUAGCAAGUACACAGCCUUUUGCUGAUGUGACUACUUCUAUGAAUAAUGAUAACGCUGUCUCAACGACGCCUCAAGUUCCUGUGCCGUUGACAAUGCAUAAUAACGUAGUCGACAACGAUAAGGGCAAAUCAUCAGUAAAACCCAGUAAUUCAAUAGUGGCAACCAAGAAAAUUGCAAUUACAGCAAGUAAAGUGCCUUCCGCUGAUGUUGCUAUUGAUAAGACUUAUGAUAACGUUGUACCAAUGGCGGACGAGAUCCCAAAACCAUCGACACUGGGUAGUAAUGUAGUCGACAUCCACAAGAACAAAUCAUCGGUACAAAUAGUUUUAGUACCAGAAAAUACUAAUGAGCAUUUGACUUCAAUUGAAAAAUCGCCUACAAAUGUAUUGAUUAUUGUAGGUGUAUCUAGUUCAGAACCUAGUACAAAAGAUCUAAACACUAAACUAGGAACAUUGUAUAUUGAGAAAGAGAAUAGUUUUCCGGAAAAAUCAACAGUUCCAACAGUGGCAACCGAGAAAAUUGCAAUUACAGCAAGUACAGUGCCUUCCUCUGAUGUUGUUGUUGAUAAGACUUUUGAAAACGUACCAAAGACGGACCAGAUCCCUAAACUAUCGACACUGGAUAAUAAUGUAGUCGACAUCCACAAGAACAAAUCAUCAGUAGAAAUAUUUGUAGUACCAGAAAAUACUAAUGAGCAUUUGACUUCUACUGAAAUAUCGCCUACCAAUGUAUUGACUACUAUAGCUGUGUCUAAUACAGAUUCUAGUACUAAACUGGGAACAUCGUACGAUGAGAGAGUUAACAGUAUUACAGAAAAAUCAAUAUUUGUAAUCGACAAUAUCGGAAUUACAGAGCCUACUGCUGAUGUUGCAAUCACUACGGCUAAUAAUAACGUUGUCCCAAAGAUCAAUCAGGUGCCUAUUCUAUGGGAAGAUCAUGGUAGCAAAGUAGAUAACAAUAUAGACAAACCAUCAGUACCGAUAUAUUUAGUACCAGAAAAUAGAACUGAGCGUUUGACUUCAACUCAAGUAUCGCCUACGGAUAUAUUGACUACUGUAGAUUUUUCUAAUACUGAUUCUACUGCAACAGAUCAAAUGACUAAACUGGGAACAUCGUAUAAAGAGGAAACGACCAACAUUCCGCAAAAAUCAAUAUUGGUAACCGAGAAUAUCGGAAUUACAGUGAGUACAGAGCCUUCCGUUGAUGCUGCAAUUGCUAUGCCUAAAGAUAAUGUUGUCCAAAUGAUGGAUCAGGCCCCUAAAUUAUCGACAGUGGAUAAUAAGAUGGACAAGUCAUUGGUACAAAUCGAAUUAGUACCGAAAAGCAUUACGGACCCUUUAGAUUCUAGUCAAAUAUCGCAUACAAGUAUUUUAACUACUGCAGGCGUAGCUCAUACAGAUUCUCUUCAAGAUGAAUUUAGAAACCUGGAAACAUCGUACAAUGAGAAAGUGAUAAGUAUUCCGGGAAAAAUUACAUUAGUAACCGAGAAUAUCGGAGUUACAACAAGUACAGAGUCAUUUCCUAAUAUUGCAAUCGCUGUAACUAAUGAUAAAGAUGUCCCAACAAUGGAGCAGGCUCCUUUACUAUUGACAAAUUAUAGUAACAUAGUCAAUCACGACACAUUGGUAUUAAUAGGAAACACAUCGAUAAAGACACUUGCUUCGAUUGAUGGAGUAAACACUUCUACAGUGAUUAAUAGACAUAUAAAAACAAACAAAACUGAUAAUGCCUUUCAAAAUGGUUUCACAGAUAUCAAUGUAGCAGUAAACAAUAUACAAAAUAACUCAGUAGCACAAAAUAAUAAUCCUUCUUUAAUUUCUACUAUAAAAUUAACUGAGCUGUCCCAAAGUACAUCUCAUUCAAAUAGAGUAAAAGGAAGUCCUGACAAAGUUGCCACCACGAUAGCCCUAGAGGCUAAACCAUCUAAUAUUAAGACAAUUGAUAAUACUACAAAAAAUAUAGUGACCGCCAUGAAUAAUCUGAAAUCUAAAAUUUCUGAAAAUACGCACACUACAACGAAUGAUCAAAUUAACUCUUCUGGGUGUAAUCUAAGCACAUACCCAAAAAAUAAUAACAAUAUACAACAUCAAUUCACAGGACAAACUUUGGCGGAAAAAAAUAUUAUUAAAGAGUCUAGCGAUCAAAUAAAAGAAUCUGAAAAUAAUAAAGAUCGUAUUAGUCCUUCUGUUACUGAUGUUAUUCAAGAAUUUGAAACCGUAAAAAUUAAUUUAAAUUCAUCGUUUGGCACUUCUGUUCCUCUAAGCAUAGUGGAUGAAAAUUCAUCGAAUUCUCAAACCCAAAAAAUAAGUGAAUCACUAUCUGAUGUUAACAAUCUACAUUUUCUUCUUAAUAACAAACCGGUUUCAGUAAUUAAACAGAUUUCCGAUAAAAAAGCAACAAUAGUUUACAAUCCGCAAAGCGUGUCAAUAACCGCGAUUCCUGCAAAUAUUCCUGAUAAUACGGACAAAGUUAGUCUACCAAAUAUGAAAGAUUUGACAAAUUAUACAAACCUUGCCACACCAGUAGAGGCGCAUAAUAGUGUAAUUAAUAGUAAAGACAUAAGUAGUUCAGAUGGUCAGAAUAUUAAUGUUGAAACCCAUAAAACAGAUUUAAUGCAAGAUACCAAAAAUAGUUUGAAGCUAAAACAGUUAAAGAUAUAUUCCAAUAUACCAGGAACAGUUGUAAAUGCCAAUUAUAAUAAUUAUUUCAUUGGUAACUCUUCUUCUGUUAACAAUCAUACUACGGUUACACAAAAUAUUUCAAAUGACGUGCUGCAUAAAGUUGCUGGUAAUACUGUUGGACCUAUCUCAACGGAAAUGAUUAAAAUUCAGGCUCCUGAGAUCAUAAUAGUUGAAAAAAUAUCACAAUCUAAUAGCAGUUCUUCCGUUUUUAAUAAUUUGGAAGCAACUACUACUGAUAAAACGUUCAAUGAGUCGAUGAUAACGAAAAUCCCGGCUUCAACAACUACUGCCAAACAUAAUAUUCACAGUGCUAUUGAUUUACAAGAAAAUAACGCAGUUGUUCGUAAACCUCUACAAAUUACAGAUACGAGUUUAGUUAUUGGAUUGGUGCCAUCUACAAGUUAUAAUACAAUUUCUAGUCAGUCGGAUCACAAUAUUGAAAAUGCAGGUUUGGUUAGUCAUAAACUUAGAGUGACACAAGACACAAACAUUGCAGUAAAAAAUCCAAUAGGUGAUAUAAAGGCGACUGAAGUAAAAUACAAAAAUAUUUCGAGUGGUUCCAAUAGCAGUGUUAGUAUUUUAGACAAUACUAGAACACCGCUUCCUCGUGAAAUAUCUACAACAAUUGUUCAAGAUUUAACAUCAAUUAACAGCGGAAUAAAAAACGGAAAUGUAACGGCAGUGCCGAGUGGUAGUGUGCUAGAAACUAAUUCAAUACAUACUACAAAACAUGAUUAUAUAGAUAGUGAAAAGAAAGUUGCUAGUAACAAUAAAAGUACUCUAUCUUUGAAACAGUUACAUAAUUUAGAUAGUGAUAACCUCAAGAGCAUUUCCAAUGCUGAUACGUGGACUUCAAAUGGUCAAGAAGUAAAUAGUCAAAUACCAGUGCAAUCUAAUAGUGCCAAUGUUGCAAAUAUUGCAAUAUUUACUUCUACUGAUAAUAAAAGUAAUUUAAAAAGCCACCAGAUUGAAAAUAUUUUUUCUAACAUUUCUGUUCAUCCACAAACAACAAUUACAAAAAGCAUAUCGUCUAAUUACAAUUUAGGAAUAACUAAUAGUCCAAAUGUCAUAAAUAAAAAAAAUAGCACGAACGUAGUGAAAGUAACAAAUUCUUCGUCGACCACUAUCCCACAAAUAGUCAAUAUACAAAAAGAAUCUACACCAGAUUACACGAUAAAUACUAAAUUCCAAAAUCUGGAUACAUCGAAACUAUUAAAUGAGCUUAACAAAGUAACUGUAACAGAAGAAAGCCCCAUCGAGGAAAAACUUACUGAACACUUACUACAAAAUAAGAUGGCUACGAUCAAUUCAGAUCAAAAACUUUAUUCAGUUGAACAAAACAGUGACCAAAGAAUUCAGACUGUAAAUCCUACUGUAUCAAAAGUUAAUCCCAAUAAAGAUGAAAUAAUCGAGAUAGUGUCAACUAAAAAUACAGUUAAUUCACUAAACACAAUACCAAAUGCGACAUUGCAACUGUCACGUUCAUAUCCUACAUUAUCAAAUAGUUAUAAAGAUACAAUGCAGUCACAAAAUAGGAGUGGUUCUAUUACAACAAAUGAUUAUGAUGUCAAGAAAACAUUAAUUACGGACUACAUUAAAAGCAUUUCUAAAACGUUAGGUGUUGUACCCACGGAGAAAACGAAACUACCACAGAUGUUAUCCACAUCAGGAUUGAAUAAUGAAAGAAUUCAGAUUGUAUAUCCUACUGUAUCAACAGUUAAUCCCAAUAAAGAUGAAAUAAUCGAGAUAGUGUCAACUAAAAAUACCCUUAAUUCACUAAACACAAUACCAAAUGCGACAUUGCAACUGUCAAGUUCCUAUCCUACAUUAUCAAAUAGUUAUAAAGAUUCAACGCAGACACAAAACAGGAGUGUUUCUGUUACAACAACAGAUUAUGAUGUCAAGAAAACAUUAAUUACGGACUACAUUAAAACUAUUUCUAAAACGUUAGGUGUUGUACCGACGGAGAGAACGAAACUCAGUACACCAAAGAUAUUAUCCACAUCAGGAUUGGAUAAUGAAAAUAAUAGAGACGUUUCAUUUACUACAACUCUACUCAGCAAUAGUUUUGAUCGUGUGUAUCCAAAUGUCAAUUAUGAAAUUAGACCACAAGGGAUAGUUAAAAUUAGUUCAGUACAUAAUAUGCCAACAAUUGUACGCGAUAGCAUAAAGUCGUCGUUUCCAACCCAGGCUGCUUUUUCAUCUACUGGCAUUACCCCUAUACAAAAAAUUGUUAUUACGUCAAAUACCGGUUUGUCCCAAUCUCCACUUUUAGUUAAGUUAAUAAAAAGUAUAUAUUCACCACAAGACGAAGUAUCAAAUGUUUAUAAAAAUCCGUUGGUCGUAUCCGACACAAAUAUUGAAUCCAUUAUAAAAACACCUAAAUCAGACUCUUUGGUAGAAACUAUAAUAUUUUCUAAAGAAAAAGUAAAAGAACCGUAUGUUGUAUCUAAAAUUAUCAAAGAUUUUCAAAGAUCUUAUGAUAACAGUAAUGUAACUUUGAUGCAAAAGGUUGCUGAUAAUGAAAAACAUGCAAUAGGAUCUAAUCCUAAUGCUACGGAACAGGUAACAAAUUCAAGUUCUAUAAAAAUAUUUAAUAUUCACAGGGGAGAUACAGUAAAAUAUUCAGAGAAUGAUGGUAAAGGCUCUAUAGAUAAAGCUGAGAUCGUUAACAUAGAAAAGAAUGAAACUACCGAAAACAAGGGAAUAUUAAUGGCAAAAGACACUACUGUGAGGUCGGAUGUAGAUUUUAAAAACAAAUACUUCCCUUACGCUGCAGUAAUGUCGCAAGCUAAUAUAGACAAUAAUCCCAUAGAUUAUAAAUAUAAAUUAAGGCUAGGAAUUGUUACAAACUAUUCUACAGGCGCUAAUGAGUCUGUAGCUUCUAAAGGAAAUUCGGAAACAGAAGCAAAUGUGUAUGUAAAUGAAAAUACGCAUAAUAGUAGUUACGUAAAUAUAACACCAGAUUUCGAAAAGGCCCGUGUACGACCUAAUUUGGAAAAUAAAACUGAUGACAUCGGCGUUAGCAUUGUAAAACGUAAUAGCACAAUCAAUGACAACUUGGUGGAUCUUACAUCAACGAAUCAUACGGUUACGGCAUAUGUACAAAGUUGUUUGAACAAAGUUGGAAAACAAGGCAAUAAAACAAGUGACGAACCAAGAUUAGACGAAAGUAGUAUGCACAAAGCAAAUACUGCACAUGUACAAAUAAAUGCAUCUAGCAAAGUCAUAAGUACAAGUACAGAGUCUCCUCCAGUUUUUAACUGUAUAGCACGCGGUAGGUACGCUGAUAAGAAAGACUGUAGGAAAUUCUAUACUUGUAUUGGUAAUCUCCAACCUAUAAUGGGAACAUGUCCAAAUAAUACGGUAUUCAGUGAAAUUAACAAACAAUGUACGAGAAACUUAUCGCAUUGCGUUAGAAACAAUCAAUUUAGAUGUUUGUUAGAAGGGCGGUUUAGUGACUUCUUUAAAGAUAACGUAUAUUAUAUUUGUGUUAAAAAUGAUACAAAUCAUUUUACGAGGUACAAAUUACGAUGUCAGGAUGGUUAUCAUUUAGAUAAAGAAUCGGUUAGAUGUGAAAGAGACGAAAUGACAUCAACACAAUCUGCGUCAUCCGUUAGUGAAAUUAGUAAUGAUGAAACUACUACACCUAAAACUAAGUCAGAGAAAAUAAAAAAUAGCAGUGGUAGCGAUGAUUUUGAAUGUGAAAAGGUAGGAAACUUUCCAUACGCUAAGGAUUGUCGAAAAUAUUACGUAUGCACUAAAGUUAAGGAUGUUUAUAGGCGCAAAAUAAAAAAAUGUUCCAAAGAUGAAGUGUAUGAUAAAAAGAAGAAAAAGUGCGUUGAUUCUGACAGUAGGGAAUGUUAG